AUGGAACACCCUUAUUCUGCUUGUUCUCAUUGUGAUGAUCAUGCAAAGGGCUUGAGAGUUUUCAAGCACAUGACAGAAGAAACUAAUGUAAGGUCUAAUGACUUCACUUUUACUAGUGCCCUUGCUGCCUAUGCAAGGCUUGUGUCAAUGAGCCAUGGUGAGCAGAUACAUGCUCAUCUAAUGAGAAUGAGGUUAUAUCAGGAUCUGGGAUUUGACAACGCACUUGUGAACAUGUAUGCUAAAUGUGGUUGUAUUGGCUAUGCAUAUGAUAUAUUCAGCAAAAUGGUCCAUCACAAUCUUGUCUCAUGGAACACCAUAAUUGCUGGAUUUGGAAGUCAUGGGCUUGGGGAGAGAGCUAUAGAACUUUUUGAACAGAUGAGUGCAAUUGGGAUAAGGCCAGAUUCAAUUACGUUUAUUGGACUUCUAACAGCUUGCAAUCAUGCCAUAGCCAAGCCCAAGCCAAUACCAAGCCCUAGUCUUGUAAGAAACUUAACUUGGUAG